GAUGAGAUUAUCUAAAGAACUCGAUUUUCACUUGUCAUUUGUUCACAUUUUGAUGUACGAAUGGAAGAGAGAAUAGAAUUGAGGUCCUUUUCCCGCACAUCCUCCUUCAGUGGAUUCGAGGAAUGGGUAGCGUCAAUGAGGAAGCACACCAGGAAGAUCUCCUCAUUAUCCCAGUCGCCACAACCAGAAUCGGGCAUUUUGGCUAUCGAAUCCUCAAUCAGUCCAGAUGUGCUUGAAAUUGUAGACUCUGGUAGCGGUGUAAUCGAAUCCGGCCCAUGUGAUUAUUUGCCGAAAACAAGCCUCUGGGAAAGGCUUGGGAGGGUUUCUAUGAUGGAUAUUGAGUCAAGUCACUUCUCCUGGACCUCUCUUUCUUCAUUGCACCAUACAAAACAUACUACCACAAGUACGGAGCCCACUGAGGAUGAUAUUAAUAGAAGUUUUGAGGUGACUGUAAAUUCUGGAGGAGUUGUAUUCAUUGCAUUGUUCAGAACAUCUAAAAACGAUGAAAUUCCUUCAAAUGAAGCAGCGGCAGUCAUUAAAAUAGCACCAUCAAGGAUGGCCACACAGUCGGAACGGUUCGGAUAUGAACUGGCUAAAUGGCUUGGCGUGAGAACUCCUCAAGGAAGAGUGAUUCAUAGCUCCUCAUGUGAAUGGCAACAAAUAAAGGAUGCAGUAGAGAAUGCUCGACAUGCAGCAAUAGCUGUUGGUGAUGAAUUUCAGGAGAUGAUUUGCACUGAGAUGCUAGAAGCUAUCGAACUGAGCCGAUGUCUAUUCCUGAUGAAUUAUGUACAUGGCUCCCCACUACUAGAGAGCACAACACCAUUUGAUUCACGGGAGUUUGCUGAAAAAACUGCUGAAGCUUUAGGUAGGAUCUUAAUCCUGGACCUCGUUCUGAGAAAUGAGGAUAGGCUGCGGUGUCGGCCCCUUGGUUGGCGUGGAAACUAUGCAAAUUUACUUGUUGCCAACAAAGAAGCUUAUGCAAACCUUGAUUCAUUGGACGAUGUUCAUGAUUCUGCCAUCAUCCGUUACAAGCCACAGAUAAUCAAAAGCCCUCAAAAACAGAUGCAGAGAAGAUCCGUUUCAAUAAGCGGCAGUGUCGGCUCAGAUAUCUCAGAGCUUUUGGAAGACUCUUAUGAUCACAUUGAGCCUGAGAUUUCCAGAUUUCAUAUUGUAGCCAUUGAUUCGGUUGUACCACGAAGACCACCCGCCAGUAAACGGACGAAAGAUCAAGAGAGCUAUCCAAAACUGGUGGAACUAACACUAAACCACCUGGACUAUUCUUCGAACCUCUUGUUUGAGGUGUCCACUGGAAAACUUGGUACCCCUGGACCCGAAGAAUAUGACAUGUCAUCUGAUCAUAGCUAUCAUUCUCCUCUGUCUGAGAGUGACAUGGUAACAGUAGUUAAUUCAUUCCGAGGAGGUUUUCGUAGUGCUCUGAGGGACCUUCAACGGUUCCACAUUUUUCUGCUCACACUUUACCAGAAGUUGGAUGCUCUAUUGAAAAUUUUCUUCAGUCUUAUGUAUAAAGGUUCAAAUGAAUCUGACAAGGAAGAUGCAAGUCAUUGUGAUUCACCAUUGUGUCUAGUUGAGGCACAUACUGAUGUGAGUGAUUCCGAAGUUCCACGGCAUAUGCGUAGGCCAUCCCGUACCUUAUCCCGUGAUAGUUUUGACAUGUCUUCUCCUAUCUACCGAGAGAGCUUUAUGACGAAGAACGCGAAAGCAAAUGGCGAUGCAUCCCGUGGUCUACGAUUGACGAUGAAGCUCAGGGAAUUUAACAAGUAUGCCAAGGUAGACAGUGAGUUAAGCAAAGAAAUAGAACAAUGGAAUGACGUGCUCAGGACUGACGUUGUAAAGUUGUGUCAUGACAACAAUUUCAACACUGGCUUCUUUGAAGGGAUAGAUAAUAGUGUUGCUGUUGAUGCUUAUGAGUUGAAGGUCCGUCUUGAGCACCUUCUUGAGAGAAUAUCACUGAUUUCUGAUUCUGCAAGUACAGAACGUCCUUCUCAAAUCACAGAUCACAUGUAUAUUGGCGGUGCUCUAGCUGCUCGGUCAACAUACACACUUCAGCACCUUGGCAUCACCCACGUAUUGUGCUUGUGUGCGAAUGAAAUUGGACAGUCGGAAUCUCAGAAGCCUUCCCUCUUUGACUAUCGAAACUUCUCAAAAUUGUACUCUUCUAGAAGCAUGGAACAUGUUGAAGAAGGUGCACCGUCGUGCACAACCCAAUGACGGCUUCGCCAAGGUCUUGUUGGACCUUGACAAGAAGCUGCACGGUAGAACCUCCAUGGAGUGGCAGCACAAGAGGCCUUCAAUGAAAGUGUGCCCCAUUUGUGGUAAGAAUGCUGGCCUCAGCAGUAGCUCACUCAAGCUACACCUACAGAAGGCGCACCGAAAGAUAUCGUCGGGAAGCGUAGACUCGGCAAUGUCCUUGGAGAUACAAAAGGCGAUGGAGGCAAUGAAGGCAGGGUGAAGUUGAGAGCCCCAAUGGAGAAGAAGGGUUGGAUGGGUUUUUUUAGGAGCAAACUGCACAUUAUACAUACAUCUAUACCCUAACUUUUGACACAUGUACCACACAUCUAGAAAACUAUUGUUGUACAUUAGAAUAAUAUGAAGUUUCUGAUUGCUAUUGUCGC